GCGUCGCAUCUUUCCAUUCGUUUACUUCGUUGGCUUAUUCAAGUCAUUCAUUCCUCCCUAAUAUUUUUCAUUCGUUUCGUUCGUUCGCUCGCUACCUAGCUUGCGAAAGUCGUACUGCUAUUUUUUCAGUUAUUAUGUAUUUGUAUUAAUGUAAAUUAUAAUUGAAAAUGUGUUCUCCACCCUAUAUGUUUGUUUUAUCAUAACAGUAACUAAAUAACAGUCCAUCGCGACAGUUCGCGAUGGAUGUGCCGGAUGAAGGUGUUUUGGAUGUGGAUUUGUUAGGGGACGAAGGUUCCGAGGAUGAGGGAGAAGGAGCGCCCCCGAGUUCUGACUUCUACGCGGGUCCGGCUUCGACGCCAACCUCUUGCGCGUCGUCGCCGCGCGGCGAGGAGCCCGCGUCGCCGCACGGGGGUGCGGCGGCGGUGCCCGCGUUCUUCCACCACCAGCCGUAUGCGCGGCCCUUCUUUACCUCGGGCCGCCGCGGGCCCGGCAGGCCGAGGAAGGAAGGCGCCAAACUGGCGAGAGAGGGCAAGAUUGUUAGAAGGUACCGAGGCGGUGGUGCUGGCUCAGUCCGUGGGGCUAAAAGACACCGAGGUAGCCGAGAUGAUGCCCUUGAUGACAUGAUGGAUGAGGACGAUUUCACCAUGCCUGCUCCUGAAGAACCACCUUUUAUGCCUGAGAAAUGGCUAGGCAAAGCUUGCGCUCUUUGCAACUUAACCGAGCGCAGUCAGCUAGGCCAAGGAGAGAUGCGUCAAUUCCUCUGCAACAUCGGUGGAGGAGACGGCAGCACCACACCAACAGUGCUUAGUGGGGGGACCACUCCCAAUCCUACUCCGAUUAGCACCCCGACCACCCCUGUCACCCCCGGUCUGGCAUCUCCGCCCCCUGAGCUUGUAGACCCUAACCAACAUCCCUUGGCGUUGCCCCUGAGUAGGAGGCAGAAAGCAUUUAAUAAGUGCAAAACACCUUUACACAACCUAGAGCACAUAGACGAAUUGUCUAUCAUCGGACAUGUGGAGACCGUUGAGCUCCCUGCUGUGGUCAGCUCUGGAGCCUUCUAUGUGCACCGCUGCUGCCUUGAGUUCAGCCCGCCCUUCCAUGAUCAGGUGGCUGCCUCAGCGGAGGAGGAUAAGGAACAACUAGAGGAGGCCCGGGUGCGGGGCAUUGUGACGACCGCGUUGACGCGAAAAUGUGCCUUUUGCACCAGACAUGGUGCGAGCAUCCCUUGUAAGAUGAGUUGCAGUAAAUACUUUCACCUGCCCUGUGUUCUCGCUUCCGGAGGUUUCAUGGACUUCCAGACCAAGUCUUCGUUUUGCAAGGACCACUUGUAUCAAGUGGCACUUAUUUGUACAGCUGACAUCGACUGCCGGACGUGCCGAGCCAUCGGCGAUAUAUUCAACCUCAUGACAUGCGUCACUUGCGGCGCGCAUUACCACGGGACCUGCGUGGGUCUCGCACAGCUACCAGGAGUACGGGCGGGUUGGUCGUGCCGCUCAUGCCGCGUGUGCCAAGUCUGCCGCGGGGAAAGCGCGACCGGCGUCCCCUCCGCCGACUCGAGGGCGGUGACGUGCGAGCACUGCGACAAGAUGUACCACGCCAUGUGCCUGCGGCCUCGCAUGGCGACCGUGCCUAAAUACGGCUGGAAGUGUAUGUGCUGCCGCAUCUGCUCGGACUGCGGCGCGCGGUCGCCGGGCGCGGGCCCGUCGUCGCGCUGGCACGCGCACUACACGGUGUGCGACUCGUGCUACCAGCAGCGCAACAAGGGCAGCUGCUGCCCGCUGUGCCGCCGCGCCUACCGCGCCGCCGCCUACCGAGACAUGAUCCGGUGUAUCACCUGCAAGAGGUACGUACUGAACAUCUGCUCGGACUGCGCAGCGCAACAAGGGCAGCUGCUGCCCGCUGUGCCGCCGCGCCUACCGCGCCGCCGCCUACCGAGACAUGAUCCGGUGUAUCACCUGCAAGAGGUACGUACUGAACAUCUGCUCGGACUGCGGCACGCGCACUACACGGUGUGCGACUCGUGCUACCAGCAGCGCAACAAGGGCAGCUGCUGCCCGCUGUGCCGCCGCGCCUACCGCGCCGCCGCCUACCGAGACAUGAUCCGGUCAGCGCAACAAGGGCAGCUGCUGCCCGCUGUGCCGCCGCGCCUACCGCGCCGCCGCCUACCGAGACAUGAUCCGGUGUAUCACCUGCAAGAGGUACGUACUGAACAUCUGCUCGGACUGCGGCACGCGCACUACACGGUGUGCGACUCGUGCUACCAGCAGCGCAACAAGGGCAGCUGCUGCCCGCUGUGCCGCCGCGCCUACCGCGCCGCCGCCUACCGAGACAUGAUCCGGUCAGCGCAACAAGGGCAGCUGCUGCCCGCUGUGCCGCCGCGCCUACCGCGCCGCCGCCUACCGAGACAUGAUCCGGUGUAUCACCUGCAAGAGGUACGUACUGAACAUCUGCUCGGACUGCGGCACGCGCACUACACGGUGUGCGACUCGUGCUACCAGCAGCGCAACAAGGGCAGCUGCUGCCCGCUGUGCCGCCGCGCCUACCGCGCCGCCGCCUACCGAGACAUGAUCCGGUCAGCGCAACAAGGGCAGCUGCUGCCCGCUGUGCCGCCGCGCCUACCGCGCCGCCGCCUACCGAGACAUGAUCCGGUGUAUCACCUGCAAGAGGUACGUACUGAACAUCUGCUCGGACUGCGGCACGCGCACUACACGGUGUGCGACUCGUGCUACCAGCAGCGCAACAAGGGCAGCUGCUGCCCGCUGUGCCGCCGCGCCUACCGCGCCGCCGCCUACCGAGACAUGAUCCGGUGUAUCACCUGCAAGAGAUACGUCCACGGCAUGUGUGACCCGGAGGCCGAGCCGCAGCAGUACCGGCUGAAGAAAGAGCAGAACCCGCAGUACGACUACAACUGUCCCAUCUGCAAGGCACAAAUGCAGAUUACUGGCUCCAAACUCGGCUCGUUCGAGGACGACAACACGGCUUCUACGUCCCAGGACUCUUCGUUUGGUGACGAGAAUUCGCAGCAGGAACAGGAUCCUCUCGCUAUUGAACCUAAGCCGGACGUCGGCCUGGGUAAAGGCAAGCCGUACACAGUCUCCUCCAAAGUCGCAAAAAAGAAAAUGGGCGGGUACAAAUUCAAAGGCGGCAUGCACCCCGCCAAACUGGGCUUCCAGAAGCGAGCGCGAUCGGUGCUAGACUUCGGUCGCAAGAGGGGCACGAAACCCAAGAUGCGGGGCGUGUUCGGAGUGCCUGGGUUAGGGCUGCAGAGGCCGCAGGCCCCGGACAAUAAGACGACGGAGGAUGAUCCGGGUGUAGAGAACAAGCUAGUGCUUUGUUCGAGCAAAGACAAGUUCGUGCUGACACAAGACUUGUGUGUUAUGUGCGGUGCCGUGGGCACCGACUCCGAAGGGUGCCUUAUCGCCUGCUCGCAGUGCGGGCAGACUUCUCAUCCUUAUUGUGUUAAUAUUAAGGUAUCUCAAGUAAUAGUAACAAUGGGUUGGCGCUGCAUCGACUGCACCGUCUGCGAGGGCUGCGGCAACCGCGGCGACGACGGCCUGCUCGUGCUGUGCGACGACUGCGAUACUGCGUGGCACACUUACUGCGCCCGGCCGCAGUUAGCAGAGGUCCCGAGAGGGGCCUGGCGGUGCGAGCGGUGCAGGAGGUGUCUCACCUGCGGGACCAGAGAGACCACGUCUUGGUGCGAGAACUACACAGGUAAAGUACAAGUAAUAGUAACAAUGAGUUGGCGCUGCAUCGACUGCACCGUCUGCGAGGGCUGCGGCAACCGCGGCGACGACGGCCUGCUCGUGCUGUGCGACGACUGCGAUACUGCGUGGCACACUUACUGCGCCCGGCCGCAGUUAGCAGAGGUCCCGAGAGGGGCCUGGCGGUGCGAGCGGUGCAGGAGGUGUCUCACCUGCGGGACCAGAGAGACCACGUCUUGGUGCGAGAACUACACAGGUAAAGUACAAGUAAUAGUAACAAUGAGUUGGCGCUGCAUCGACUGCACCGUCUGCGAGGGCUGCGGCAACCGCGGCGACGACGGCCUGCUCGUGCUGUGCGACGACUGCGAUACUGCGUGGCACACUUACUGCGCCCGGCCGCAGUUAGCAGAGGUAAAGUACAAGUAA